AGGCACCACGCUGUGUUUGCCGCCGUCCGUGCGCGCAUGCGCAGUCGGUAGCCGCUGGGACUCCAUUCCAGUCCGUCGGCAGAGGUUUCCCUGAGCCUCCAUCACCUACAGCUGCUGCGACAUCUUCACCUGCUUCGCCAGCACCACCCGGCCGACCAUGAGCGGGCAGCACGGACACGGACACGCGCAGGUGAAUUCUGGAUCUAAAGGAAGCGAAACCCACAAACACAAAGAGAAGCACAAAGAACACCGGCACAAGGAACACAAGAAGGAGAAGCACAGCAACAGCGACCACAAGGACCCGUCUGAGAAGAAGCUGCGGGACAAAGAGAAGCUGAAGCACAGCAACGGCGGCUCGGAGAAGCCCCGGGAGAAGAGGAGGGAGGAGAAGGUCCAACCGUCCCAUGUAGACAAGAUCAAAAAGGAGAAAGAAAACGGAUUUGUGAGAGAAAGAAGCCCCUCUGCCCUCAAGAGCGAACCCGAAGAAGACAACAGCUUCUACCCGUCUCCCCAACACCUCAAGACCUCCAAGCGGGAGUACGAGGGCGGAGGAUUUGAAUACAGGCCCAAAAAAAUCAAGUCGGAGCACGACAAGAAGGCCAAGAAGAGGAAACAGGAGCACGAAGAAUACGAGGAGGAGGAGGAGGAUGAGGAGGAGGACAUCAAACCCAAAAAGAAGACAAGAGACCAGAAGGCAACGCAGGGAAAGAAAAUGAAGAAAGAGGAGGAGGAGAAGUGGAAAUGGUGGGAGGAGGAACGGUCCACCGAUGGAUCCAAAUGGCGCUUCCUGGAGCACAAGGGUCCAGUGUUUGCGGCGCCGUAUGAGGCGAUGCCCGACAAAGUGCGGUUUUACUACGAUGGAAAGUCAAUGAAACUGAAGCCUCCUGCCGAGGAGGUCGCUACAUUUUUUGCCAAGAUGUUGGAUCACGAGUACACCACCAAGGACAUCUUCAGGAAGAACUUCUUCAAGGACUGGAGGAAGGAAAUGACGUCCGAGGAGAAGUCCAAGCUCACCGACCUCAACAAGUGCGACUUCGGCGAGAUGAGCGAGUACUUCAAGGCCCAAUCAGAAGCCAGGAAGCAGAUGUCCAAAGAGGAGAAGCAGAAACUCAAAGAAGAGAACGAGAGGCUCCUGCAGGAGUACGGCUUCUGCAUCAUGGACAACCACAAGGAGCGGAUCGGCAACUUCCGCAUCGAGCCGCCCGGACUCUUCCGAGGACGAGGGGAUCACCCCAAGAUGGGAAUGCUCAAGCGCCGCAUCCAGCCCGAAGACAUCAUCAUCAACUGCAGCAAGGACUCCAAGCAGCCGAAGCCUCCCCCAGGGACAAAUUGGAAGGAGGUUCGCCAUGACAACAAGGUGACUUGGCUGGCGUCCUGGACAGAGAACAUCCAGGGAUCCAUCAAGUACAUCAUGUUGAAUCCAAGCUCCAGGAUCAAGGGCGAGAAGGACUGGCAGAAGUAUGAGACGGCUCGGCGGCUGAAGAAGUGUGUGGAUCGCCUGCGGACGCAGUACAGAGACGACUGGAAGUCCAAAGAGAUGAGGAUCCGGCAGAGAGCUGUGGCGCUGUACUUCAUAGACAAGCUCGCACUGAGGGCGGGCAACGAGAAGGAGGAGGGCGAGACGGCGGACACCGUCGGCUGCUGCUCGCUGCGGGUGGAGCACAUCAAGCUGUACCCCAAGAUGGACGAGCAGGAGUACGUGGUGGAGUUUGACUUCCUGGGGAAGGACUCCAUCCGCUACUACAACAAGAUCCCCGUGGAGAAGAGGGUGUUUAAAAACCUCCAGCUGUUCCUGGAGAACAAGCAGCCUGAGGACGACCUCUUCGACAGACUGAAUACCUCCAUCCUGAACAAGCACCUCCAGGAGCUGAUGGACGGCCUGACGGCCAAGGUCUUCCGCACCUACAACGCCUCCAUCACGCUGCAGCAGCAGCUCAAGGAACUGGCCUGCCCUGACGACAGCCUCCCCGCUAAAGUCCUCUCUUACAACCGGGCCAACCGGGCGGUGGCCAUCCUCUGCAACCACCAGAGAGCUCCACCCAAAACAUUUGAGAAGUCCAUGCAGAACCUCCAGACCAAGAUCGACGAGAAGCAGAAUCAGCUGUGUGCGGCCAGGAAGCAGCUGAAGUCGGCCAAGGCGGAGCACAGGGCCUCCCACGACGAGAAGAGCAGGAGGGUGUUGGAGGUGAAGCGUAAGGCCGUGCAGAGGAUCGAGGAGCAGCUGAUGAAGCUGCAGGUCCAGGCCACGGACCGGGAGGAGAACAAGCAGAUUGCUCUGGGCACCUCCAAGCUCAACUACCUGGACCCCCGGAUCUCCGUGGCGUGGUGCAAGAAAUGGGCCGUGCCCAUCGAGAAGAUCUACAACAAGACCCAGAGGGAGAAGUUUGCUUGGGCCAUCGACAUGGCUGAGAAGGACUUUGAGUUUUAAACCCAGCAGCCCUUUCCCCCUUUUCACAGCGCGCCUUCCAUCGUAGAGGUUGGUAGUUGAAGUCCAUUGGUCCCACGGCUGUGAACACCUGCUUGUGCUCUUUCUAUGUAUAUCUAUAUAGAAGUACACACACACACACACGCACACACAUGCACACACACACACACACAUAUGGACGAUGAAUGACAGAAGUGUGUAUGUAGCUGCAGCUUAAAGCUCCUGUAAACACAUUACUUGUAUCUUUUGUGAGCCAUCGGCCUUUUCUCAGAGAUUCUUUAUUCUCAUAGAAUAGGGAAUUAAUAAAUGUUUGCAAGGGGGGAGAGUCGGGACCGACAGGCGGCGCCGUGUGAUGUGUGAGCGCAGCGUCCGUACAACUAUUACCACACAGAAUCUCCUCUCUCUCUUUUACAUUUCAGUUUCGGUUGGCUGUUUAUUUCAGGGAUGUACAUAUUUUUCCGUCAUUAGUCAGGAUUCAACGUUUUAUAUCAAAAUAAAUGUGUGCUGUUUGCGUGGUCGACAGGAAGCUCUUCAUUGCUUAUAUGCAACCUGUGUGUCCACAGUUCUAAAAACAAUCCUCUUGGUUACUCGAAGCGGCUUCAGUGAGGCAUUGUGUUUUUUUGCCAGAACUCAGAGACUUCCUGCAGACGGAGAUGUGGAUUUUUUGAUGAUGGGGGGGGGG